AAAUUUUGUCGUCUCGCCCGAUUUUCUAAGCCUGUUACUGUUAUUGUAAUUAAAAUAAUUAAAUUUUUGUAUUUUCUAAGCAAUGUUCUCCGCUAACACACACUCUGUGCCCUACCUCUACCUGGGAAAUUUCAGUAGGAAACCGCAUUAUUACACAGUCAAGCGAACCAAACUGCAGGGCAAUGCCAAUGUGCCGCGAUUCUUUGGCGACAAAACAAAGUCAUCCACAACAGCUUCCACAACGACAGCAGCAACAGCACGCAAUUCCAGCACUUACAGUACCAAUAGCAGUAACAGCAGAUGCGGCACAACGACGGCGACCACAAAAAGCCACGACCUUGUGCUGGACUUUAAGAACCUGCUUUCUAAGUCCGGCCUUAGCCUACAGUCCAUGGUUGAAAAGGCCGCGCGGCUAAAUGGCAUAAUAGAUAAGGAGAUGGUGAAUGAGGCGCUAGCUAAAGUCACCAGCAUGCUGCCCGCAAUGCGCAAUGUACACGUUACUCUUCAAGAGCCUCCCACACACAUAAGUCCCGGAAAAUUACCAAAUUAUAACUUUGAAGUAUCAUUAAAUGGCGCGCAACCAACAAACGCAUAUGUCAAACUAUAUCCAAGCGUAACAAGAGGCCUGCUGAAUCCGCUGUUCAGCAGCCAGCAGCUGCGUGGUUUCAAAACCGACCGUAAUGUAGAAGCAGAGCAAAAACGCAAUCCCACAAUGACAACCAGGCUGAAGAGUGCACUGGGUAACACACCACAGAAGCCCGAGGGCGAAGUGCAUAUACAGGCUGAUAAAUUAAAGAAGCUGAUUGCCAAGUCCAGCGAACCUGGUAGCGCAGCUGCGGCGGAAAAUCUUAAGAUUGCAUUUGCCGAAGGCUAUUUGGCAGCGUCAAACGCAGAAGAUUCACCGAAAACAGGAAAAACAAUGAAGUAUCUGAAGCUUUUCCAGACACUUAUUGUUAUCGUCGUUUUUAUUGGAAUCUUUCUGAGUUUCUUUACCUCAUCCAAUGGAUCCGUAUUUCGCAGCAUUCAACUUGGCAAUCAGGUGGAGGUUGAUCCAGAGGAUAUUCAUGUAACAUUCGAUGAUGUUAAGGGCUGUGAUGAGGCCAAGCAGGAACUUAAAGAGGUCGUUGAGUUUCUCAAAAACCCCGAUAAAUUCUCCAACUUGGGCGGCAAGCUGCCCAAGGGAGUGCUGCUCGUUGGUCCACCAGGCACUGGCAAAACAUUGCUUGCCCGUGCCGUUGCUGGCGAGGCGAAUGUGCCGUUCUUCCAUGCAGCUGGUCCAGAGUUUGACGAAGUGCUCGUUGGCCAAGGCGCCAGACGUGUACGUGAUUUAUUCAAGGCUGCUAAGGCACGCGCACCCUGCGUCAUAUUCAUUGAUGAAAUUGAUUCGGUGGGAGCCAAACGUACCAACUCUGUAUUGCAUCCAUAUGCCAAUCAAACCAUAAAUCAAUUGCUAUCCGAAAUGGAUGGCUUUCAUCAGAAUGCAGGAGUUAUUGUGCUGGGUGCAACGAAUCGUCGCGAUGAUUUGGAUCAGGCGCUGCUGCGUCCAGGACGUUUUGAUGUUGAGGUAGUCGUCUCUACACCAGAUUUUACUGGUCGCAAAGAGAUUCUAUCGUUGUACCUGGAGAAAAUAUUGCACGACGACGUGGACUUGGAUAUGCUAGCACGUGGUACCUCAGGCUUUACAGGCGCAGAUCUGGAGAAUAUGAUUAACCAGGCUGCGCUAAGAGCUGCCAUCGAUGGAGCUGAAACUGUAAACAUGAAGCACCUGGAGACUGCACGCGACAAAGUACUUAUGGGUCCAGAGCGCAAAGCGCGUCUUCCGGAUGAGGAGGCAAACACCAUAACAGCGUAUCAUGAAGGUGGACAUGCCAUUGUAGCCUUUUAUACGAAGGAAUCGCAUCCGCUGCAUAAGGUUACCAUUAUGCCGCGCGGGCCCUCGUUGGGACACACCGCCUACAUACCGGAAAAGGAACGUUAUCAUGUCACAAAGGCACAGCUGCUAGCUAUGAUGGACACCAUGAUGGGUGGCCGUGCGGCGGAGGAAAUUAUUUUUGGUAUUGAAAAAAUUACAUCAGGAGCUAGCAGCGAUCUAAAGCAAGCAACAGCGAUUGCGACGCAUAUGGUCAAGGAUUGGGGCAUGUCGGAAAAAGUAGGUCUGCGCACCAUUGAAGCCCCCAAGGGCUUGGGAGCGAGUGAGACUCUGGGACCCAACACAAUUGAAGCUGUUGAUGCGGAGAUCAAACGCAUUUUGAGUGACAGCUAUGAGCGCGCAAAGGCAAUUCUCAAAAAACACACGAAGGAACACAAGGCACUGGCCGAGGCACUGCUCAAGUAUGAGACUUUAGAUGCCGAUGAUAUAAAGGCGAUAUUGAAUGACAACCAGUAGUGGAUUCAGUUGGACACUUACUGCUUAAGCACGUACUACAUAUAUAUAUAUAUUUUAGUUACAAUAUUAUAUAAAUCGUCAACCUAUUGAAAUGCUAAAUAAGAUCGGGACGCAGACAUGUUAUAUAUACAUUUUAGUUAUGUUUUCCAAUACUACCAGUAACGUAAAAUCAAUAUUUUGGAAUAAAAUAGAAAUGAAAUUUUUAUUUACAAGACAAACUCAAUUGAAGCUCAAUAAUAGUCGAUAACUCUACUGAAUGUUGUUAAGACUAAACUGGCUAAUUCCACGUUGCCUCUGAUAAUUUUGUAUUGCAGUUGCCUCUUCAUAUCAAAAUUGAAAUUGUACAUGAACCAGGUAAUCAAGCCAGAAGGUGGUCAGGAGAAGACACUCAGCUACAUAUAUGGACAGCUUCGCUGCUGAUUAUUAAAAUUAUUUUUGUAGUUAUGUCAAAGAAAUA